UAAUGAUUUUUUUUCGGUGCUAAAACGAAAGAAGCAAGGAUUUAUAACAAUUAACUUUCGGUGGCUGAAUUGAGUUUCGGCUUUUCUUUUCUCGAAUAUGACGUCAAAGCAGGUUGGGUUUAACACGGGAAACGAAAGUGAAAAUGUUUUUCAAUAGUUAAUGGUUCUUAAAAACAGAAGUAGAUUUGUUCAGUCUACGUAUCUAACCGUCGGCAAAACUUAAUGAUGGCAGCCAACUAUCCCUAUCCUCUGAUUGUAGAGGGGAGAUGGAAUGAAGACAUCGCUAAGACCAUCAAGACUAAACUCCAUCUGCACUUCCAGAGCCAAAAGAAGUCAAACGGAGGAGAAUGUAUUGUAGAAUACGACGGCUCCCCAAGAAACCAAGCUAUAGUGUGGUAUAGCUCGGAGGAAAUUAGAAACCGAGUACUAGAAAAAGAAAAGCAUGUACUGGAUUUACGUGAAAAGGGCAAUGUAAUCCUGCAUGUAAGACUUAAAGAGGAUCUGCAUAACAGAAGUGAAUCCUUGCAGCCUACAGAAUCUGAACAAGUAUCUGAAAGCAAAUCCCUAGAAAAAGGCAGUCUGCAUAUUGGUGAAAGACUGGGAUCUAAUAAACGAGUUGCUGCUGCUGACCAUCAAGGACCAGCUAGAAAACAUCGAUUAUACAGUAUUGCAGCACAUGCAAUGAACAGGAAAGAGUACUGUAGUAAUGAAGAUGCCAAGGAGGUUUUGCAGGAGAAGACCCAUUGUAUCUCUGAUGUUGAACAACUAGUGACCGCAUCUGAAAAAGGAAAUGGAAAUAAAAUCAUUGAAGAGCAGCCACAGACUCGCUCAGUUAUUUUAAAAAACCUGAAGGACAGCAUGACAAAGGAGAUGCUGAGCAUGCUUGUAGAAAAUAUUAGUGAAUUGACAGAAGACAUUGAUUUUUGUAUGGAAAUGCUACCUGAAUUAAAUGCUGCAGUUAUCACCUUCAACAAUAGCGGGGAUGCUUCCGAAUUUGCGUUCAGAUGUCCCAGAAAUGUCAGGAUAUGUCAACAAAAAGUUGAAACAGCACUUUUAGAACCAACAAAAAGUAUUAUUGUUGAAGAUGUAAACCCGUUGAAUGGCGAUCAGUAUCUGGCUCUUUACUUUGAAAAUCCCAAGAAUGGUGGUGCAGUUGUGACAGAUGUGCGCAGUGCACCUGAGAUGAAUGGAUUCAUUGUUACCUUUGCUGAAUAUAGAGAUGUAACUAAAGCUAUGAGUAAAAGGCAUGUUAUCGGAGGAAAGAACUUAACUGCAUACCCAUAUUAUGCAUCCUUGGGCACUGCUUUGUAUGGAAAGGAAAGACCAGCAUUGAAAAUGCCAGACCCAUUUACAUUAUCUCUGGAUUCUUACCUAUUGCAGUAUCUCCACAGUGAAAAGAAACACAUUACACUUAUAAACUCCAGCUUGUCAAAAGUGUUUUGUGAACUUGAAUGGCCAAACCUAUAUUCUGAAAACCCAAUGGUUAAAAUGUUGCCCUCAGGUUUAUUAUUGAAACAAAGGUCAGCUAAGCUGAUUGAAACUUGGAAACAAGAUGUUUCUGCUGCAUUUUCUUCUGCCAUUUCUGGAUACACAGUUGCUGAGUACACUGUGACAUCACAGGUGUGGGAUAUUGCAAAACACAAAGUGGACAGUUUUACAAGAGAUGGAAUUUACAUCAUACCCAAUGUAACCAAAGGAAAGGUGGUUUUAGUAGGCAGGCAGAAUGAAAUGAAACUAAUGCAGGAAAAUUUUAAGGAAGUCAUUGAUGCUGCCACAAAACAGGUAGAAAGGCAGACAAAAAGCAUUAGAGAAGCAGUAGAAUUACCUCCUGCAAUGUAUUCAAUUUUACUUAAUGAGGGAUUACAAAAUGAUGUUGCCGAACAGUUUCCACUACUAAAAUAUGAAUAUGAUGCUUCAACUAAGAGUGUUACUCUAUUUGGUUUACAGGUAGAGGUUUAUAGCGUCAAAAGUGACAUUCUUACAAAGAUAAUGCACAUGAAGCAGAAACGCAUUAACAUUAAUAAAAAUAUAUUUAAUUUCCUAGAGCAAGUGGAUAGUAAAGACUUUGCAUGCCAUUUAUUUAUACAGCAUCAUAUUAAUGCUGUGUAUGAAAUUUCAGAUAUGUCUCUUCUGUUGAUUGGAAGUUCAGAGAAGUCUCUUUCAGAGGCUGAAAAACACUUAAAGAAGAUGCUGAUUUUUAAAUGUAUUGAUCUUGAAGAUGAGAAGGUUGUUAGAAAAAGAGAGUGGCGUGAGAUAAUUAGCAAUUUGGAUAAAAGUUACAAUUCUUCUGUGAAAACAUUUACAGUGGAUGUGACAUAUGAAGAAACAAAUGGACAGGUAGUCAUUGCUGGAAUUUCUGAUACAGUCAUAGAAAUUCAUGAAACACUUUUUGAUUUUGUAGACAAAAACACACAUGUACAAAAAACUAUACCUGUCAAAUAUAAGGCAGUUGCUCAAUUUGUUAAUCAAAAGAAGAAAGAUAUUUUGCUUAAAAUUAUGAACAAAGGUGUAGAUGUUCAACUUAAUAUACAAACUCUAAAUGUGUCGGUUUUGUUAAGUGGUUCAAGAGCAGAAAUGUCUUAUGCUGUGCCUGUGGUUGAAAAGCUGCUCUCGUCUUUGCAUUGUGAAGUGUUGACGAUUAAUAAACCUGGAGCAGUAAAGUUUUUCAAAGACAAAGAAGCCAUGCUUGUUGCUGAAGCAGAUCGUGUACAUGGUUGUCUACUGAGGCUUCAGGAAGAUGGAGAGGUUACUGAUGUGGACAGUAAUGCAGAAGUAGGAGGGAGAUCUACUUGUGAAGUCAGACUCCCUGGUGGGAUAUUAAUUGCAGUUUAUAAAGACAAUUUAUGCCAUCAUAAAGUUGAUGUUGUAGUGAAUGCUUCUAAUGAGGACCUGAAACACAUUGGAGGCCUUGCCGGAGCACUUUUAGAUGCAGCUGGCCCUAGUUUGCAAACAGAGUGUAAUAAGCUUGUUAAGGAAAAAGGAAGUUUGAAACCUGGGGAUGUAGUUAUUACAGAGUCGGGACGUUUACCAUGUAAACAUGUGAUUCAUGCUGUUGGACCACGAUGGAACAGCUCAGAUCCUGAGAAGUGUAAAUAUCUCUUAAAAAAGGUUAUAAAGAACACUUUGAAUUUGGCAACAGAGUAUUUUCACAAGUCAAUAGCCAUCCCUGCUAUCAGUUCAGGUAUCUUUAGUUUUCCCUUAGAAUUGUGUGCAAAAUUGAUUGUUAGCUCAAUACGUGACUAUUGUGAGGAUAACUAUUCAAAGACUACCCUGAGGCAUAUACACCUUGUAAAUAUUGAUGAUAAAACUGUUGCUGCCAUAAAUGAUGCUGUUAAGAAUGCCUUUCUUGGUCAGGUGGUACAGCUUUCACCUAUUCAACCAAGAUCAGAUCUUUCCAGUCAAGAGAGGCGAGCUGUCCAUAGUGCAGCGGAGAUUCAGAAAUUACAGACAAAAGAAAACCUGCGCAUCUCUUUGAAGAAAGGAAACAUUCAAGAUGCAACAACUGAUGUUGUUGUGAAUACAGUUUCUAAAAAUCUCGAUCUCGCCAGUGGUGCAGUUUCAAAUGCUUUGUUGCAGAAGGCCGGUCCCAGGUUACAGAGUUUCAUACGUGAAGAAGCUAAAAGUAAAGUUGUUGAAGAAGGAUCAGUGUUGGUAACAGAUGGAGCUAACUUGGAUUGCAGCAAAGUGUUUCAUGUGAUAGCCCCCUAUUGGGAUCAUGGAUCUGGAAGGGCAGAUAAGAUACUGAAUGGAAUAGUUGAGAAAUGCUUAAUACAUGCAGAAACAAAUGGUAUGCACUCUAUAACUUUUCCAGCAUUUGGGGCAGGAAACCUAGGUUUCCCAAAACCACUUGUUGCUUCACUGAUGUUGCAAAGAGUCAUGGAGUUCAGCAACAAGAUGGAGCCAAAGCAUCUUAAGCAGAUCGACUUUUGUUUACAUCCUAGUGAUAAUGAAUGUCUCCAGGCCUUCAGCACUGAAUUUGGAAAACAUUCAAAAGGAAAGGUAUUGAAAGAAAAACAACACGCACAAGCAUCAUCAGGUGCACAGUCUGGUCAAGCAUUCUUUGGAAAAAUUUCAUCUCCAACUUUGGGAGUAAAUGAAAUGCAAGUAGGAUCCUUGAAGCUAGAAGUACUGACAGGAGACAUUACAAAAGAGAAAACAGAUGCCAUAGUGAAUUCUUCCAAUGACCGUUUUACAUUGAAACAAGGUGUUUCCAAAGCAGUUUUAGAUGCGGCUGGCCAAGCUGUUGAAGUAGAAUGUGCGCAGAAAGGUGCCCAACCACAUCAGGGAUUAAUCAUUACACAGCCUGGAAAUUUGGCAUGUCAGCAUAUAAUUCAUGUGGUAGGGCGGACCGAUCCAAAUGACAUAAAGACUGUCAUUACUCAGGCACUCCAAGAGUGUGAAAAAAUGCAGCUUUCAUCUGUUGCAUUUCCUGCAAUUGGCACAGGACAGGGGCAUGUGAAUCCUGCAAUGGCUGCUGAUGCCAUGAUAGAUGCCAUAUCUGACUUCUCAAGCCAACGGAGUCCACAGUGUCUGAAAAUUGUUAGAAUUGUCAUUUUCCAGGCCCACAUGUCAGCAGAAUUUUAUAAGAGCAUGCAAAAAAGGGAGAAAACCAGCUUACCAGAACCAGAAUCUUGGUGGGGCAAGUUUACGUCCCUUUUCACUAAACCCAAUCGUGAUAAUGAAGGCUCUACUACUGAAAAGGAUAUCAUAAUGGAAAGUGCUGUCCCACCAGCAAUUUUUCAGAUUUGUGGGGAAUGUAGAAACAAUGUGGAUGACACAGUGUCCUGGUUAAGCACUAUGAUUGUAAAGGAACAUACUGAACAAAGUAUCAAUGAUGACUCCAUAAGUUGUUUUGGUGAACGAGAAUAUCAGCAGUUGAAAGAGCUCCAGAAACAGAUGCAGAUAAUAAUUACAUUUCAAAAUAAAGAAAAUUAUUCAGCUAUUCAAGUGUGUGGACUCACUAGAGAUGUUCUGACAGCAUGUACUUCAAUUCAGAAGAUGAUCAAGGAGGUGAGAGAUGAGCAGACAAAGAAACGGGAUGCGGAACUUCUCUCCAGUAUUGUGGAAUGGCAGUACAAGGAGAAAGAUACAUUUGUUUCAUUUGACAAUUUGGCAAACUUUGCACUUGAACAAGGUUACAAUGAAAAGAAAAAAAACAUUGUAGUUAAAAUUCGUAAGACACCAUUUACAGUUGAUAUCCAGAAUAUGAAGGCCAUCUCUUUCAGAGGAACUGAAGUCAUCAUUAAGCGUGUAGACAAAAGAGGAGGUAAGCUUACUGCAUUAUGGGGAUGA